AUGGCUACCUCAACACGAGUGUCGGUUGUCUGGCUAUUGGCCUUGAUCGCUGGCCUCAUCUCCCCGACAAUAGCCCAGACAUGGACCGAGUGCAACCCUCUAGAACGAGAUGACUGCAGACCAAACCCGGCACUGGGCACCAACUACACCUAUGAUUUUACCGGACUCCUCAAUCCUGCUGUCUGGAACACCACUGCGGGAGAAGUUAUCAACGGAAAGAAGGGUGGUGAAUUUACCAUUAGAGAACGGCUUCAGUCACCCACAAUCCAGUCGCACUUUUACAUUUUCUUUGGCAGACUUGAGGUACAUAUGAAGGCCGCAACUGGGCAAGGGAUCGUCAGCAGUGUGGUCAUCCAGUCCGAGGACCUUGACGAGAUCGACUGGGAAUGGGUAGGCUCUGAACAGGGCUCCGUCCAGACCAAUUAUUUCGGCAAGGGUAAUGAUACCACUUUCGAUCGCGGAAAAAAGCACGACGUUAAUGACCCCAUGCACUCAAUCCACAACUACACCAUUCUCUGGACCGCCGAGAAGCUGGAAUGGUGGGUUGAUGAGAACUUGAUCCGCACCCUCAAGUAUGAGGAAGCUGAAGGCGGCAAAUUUUACCCCCAAACCCCGUCAACCGUUCGCUUGGGCAUCUGGCCUGCUGGAGACGAAGGCAAUAGGGCCGGUACCAUUGAAUGGGCCGGUGGAAAAGUGGACUAUAGCAAUGGCCCCUACACUAUGAUCGUCGAGCGGUUGAUGGUCGAAGAUUUCCAUAAGGGAAAGGAGUACGUUUAUGGAGACAACUCAGGAGACUGGCAAAGCAUCAAGGUCAUAGACGGAGUGUCGGACGUUUCGAAAGAGGCGACCAAGCCCCCGCCAAAAUCACUAUCGCAGAAAUGGGCGGAACUAUCCGCAGGCACAAAGGGAGGUAUCUUUAUUGGCAUUGCCGCUUUUGUCGGCCUUAUUCUGGCCAUCAUUGCCUUCUGCUGCAUCAAACAACGCAGAGCGGGUCGCAAGGAAUUCAAUAAUGAAAACAGCAAAUUCGUCACCGAACAAACUAGCAACAUGGCUCUUCGAACACAAUGGAAUCAUAAAUAUCGACAGGUCGGUGGGUGA